AUGGAUGGUCUGGCCAGAGGGGCCUACGAGGAGAAGUCAUUGCAAUUGCGCACCGAGUUGAAGAAAUGGGAGAACGACUGGGCGAUUGCACACGGGGGGAAGAAGCCAGGCCGCGACGACAUCAAACAGAAUCCCGACAUUGCGCAGAAAUACAAGCAGUACAACAACCUCAGGGACAUACUUGCAGGCAGGGUUCCGUCUCUUCAAUCGGGUCCCGUCGAAGCCGCCCACGGCCACCAGCAGCGCAAAAGGAAGCAAUUCGACGCUGCCCUUGCCCCACAAACCCCAUCGAAGCGGACCAAGCCGGACCAGACACAUUCCCAAAUCCAGGUCACGCCAUCAGGGGCGCAGACACCCUCAGCAGCCCAUGCUGUCCUCACCCCAUCGCUCAACCGGACCAGCCUCACCCCUGUGGGUGCUGUGCCUACGUCCAUCAGCCCAACACCACAAAAAGACGGCCGUGUCCUCGGCCUCUUCGACCUGCUUGGGCGUACCCCAUCCAAGUCUACCACAACCUCGUCAGCACCACCUAACACCACCCUGCUCGCCGCGACACCAAGGAAUCAGCGCACCGUUGACCCUCUUGCCCCAACAGUAGCCACGACAACAACCACAGCCGGCCGCGCCAUCACCCCGCAACACCAGCGCACCACUACCACCCUUCUCUUCCAGUCUUCUACCACAACCACAGCCCACGCCCGCCACGCCAAGCGAAUAACCACCACGACGACAAUAACAGGAGCAACCCCUUUCAGAACCCCCUCCACAAACCGCAUCUCCAAACAGCCCCUCAACAGUCCGACAGGCUCCGCCUCAAGCUCGACACCCUCCUUUUUACGGCGGCGCACCGUCACAACUGCCGACGCCGCCGCGGCUGUCUUGGCGCUGUCAAGCGUGGACGAGCUCGACGAGGACCGGGGAGGUACCGAGCUGGAGAAUGCGGAUGAGGCGUGGAAGAAGAUUGUUCCGCUACGCUUGCCUCGGAAGUUGGGUGCUGGAAUCGGAAGGAGGAGCCUGAGCAGUGUGGUGGCCGGGUUGAGAAAGAUGGAGGAGGAGGCGUUUGGUGAGGAGGAGGAGGUUCUGAGGGAGAUGGGGAUGGAGAUGAGUGGCGGCGCUCAUAGUCCUGCUGCGGGGUUGAGUAUGAAGAAGAAUGGGGUUGAUAGUGCGAACAAGGGAGGUGAGCUGGUGGAGGUGGGGGAUAGUCAGGUUCAAGGGGAAGGACAACAAGCACGGAUGACUACCGAACCGCGAGUUGGUUUCCUGUCCGGCUUUGACGAGGAAGGACUCUACGGCAGCAGCAAUGAAGACAACAACCGACAGAACCAACAACAGCAGCCGCUCCGCACGUUCAAAAAGCGCGGCCAGAAACGCUCCACACGCCUUCUCAACAUGCGCCCGACAAGAACCAAACGACCUGCCCAGCAGUCUGAGCACCAAGAAGAAGAGGAGGAGGAAGAAGACAUCGUUCACGAGACACAACCCAACACUACCAAAUCAACAGCAGCAGCAGCAGCUCACGGCGAGGACCUUCGCCUCUCUGACCUCGACUCCUCCGCCUCCGAAGCCGACUUUAACGCCGCUUCCGACUCUGAUGAGGAAGAAGAAGAACGUGUCAAAACAGCGAAGACCAAGCAAAAGAGCCCCGCCCUUCCUCCUCCGGGCGACAAGGACAAGAACGACAAGGGCGAGAGCGUCGUCAAGAGGGCGGUGCGCAAGGUCAAGGCGACGGCGCACGCCAACUUCAAGCGGCUGAAGCUGCGGAACUCGGGGGCCAAGGGCGGGCCGGGGUAUGGGAGCCGGUUUAGGCGGAGGAGGUGA